AUGGUUUCCAGUGACACACUCACAGACUAUGAGGCGUAUCGUGUUACGUUGAAGGAAUCGCUAGUCACUGCGCAGGCGCUGUUGGCCAGCACCACUGCUUUCCACGGCCAUCUGGUAGCUGGCACUGUUGACCAGAUUGCGGAAUCCGAACUAAAAGAGUUUCCGCGUUUGCAAAAACAGCUUGUUCGCGAGAAUGUUGGCAUUGUGAAGCAGCGGGACUUGCUCAAGGGUGAAAUACAGACGGUUUAUGAUGGUUUGAAGGUGAAGAGGGCACGGUUCAACCCGAUACAGGAUCCCAGACUACAGAAGAUUGACCGACUGGUGAUGGAAAAUAACCGGGUUUUGCAAGAACAUGAUAGUGCGCUGUUUAACUUUGAAGUUUUGGAUUCGUUGGAGUUGGACGACGCAGACGACGAGUCAUGGGUGAAAUCGUUGGAUUUAUCCAAGGAAGAUACCCUAGCCAAAGUCCAGAGGGAUGUUGAGGACUUGAUAGAAGGUGAUAUAGAGAUCGACGAAGCAACCCAAAAUGAAGAGCGCGAGAUUGUUGAUAGGCUAAAACAAGUUAUCUCGAAAGAGCAGUUGAAACGGUUCAAAUUGGCAUUUAUGAACGACAAGGUCUAUAGUCGUGAUCGUGCCACCAUGACCUCUUUGAACAGCAAAUGGUUGCAAAAGGUGAACAAGCUUGCAAAUUUCCUUGAGAAUGAUUUGAAGGUGAUUGUUGAUGAAAUAGACCAAAUCAAGGCCGAGGAUUAUGUCAAUGACGAGAAGGUACUGGUUGGAUCUGGAAACCAAGACGAAUUUGAGGAUGACGAUGAGGAAGACGAGGAUGAUGAACUAGAGCCUGAGAAGGCGGCCGAUCAAGAAGAAGAGAAAGAUUCUGAACAAAAUGUUAGUCCGGAAAGAGACCAAGAGGUUGAUCAGGAGGUCAAUCAGGAUGUAGAGGUGAGACCUCCGACUGACGAUCGUGAGAGUACACGCGAAAUAACACCUGAUAUACGCGAUAGUACGGAGGAGCCAGACACAAAGGACGAUCAUAUGGCAGUUGACGAUGUUCAAGAAGAGGCAGAAGGUGAAAUUUCAGACUACGAAGAGGAGGUAUUGGAAGAGUAA